AUGUCAACUGAGACAGAACUUCAAGUAGCUGUGAAAACCAGCGCCAAGAAAGACUCCAGAAAGAAAGGUCAGGAUCGCAGCGAAGCCACUCUGAUAAAGAGGUUUAAAGGUGAAGGGGUCCGGUACAAGGCCAAACUGAUCGGGAUCGACGAGGUUUCGGCAGCUCGGGGAGACAAGUUAUGUCAAGAUUCCAUGAUGAAGCUCAAGUAUGACUGUAGGGACACAAGUUCGAAAGAUGGCGGCGGAGAAAGCUCCAGCACAAUUGACCUGCUGACCUUAAUUCCCAGGAAACUGUCACAUUACUUCUUUACCCCUUUGUCUAACUUCACAAUGUGGCCUGAAAUACUGCAUCGCUUUAAAGUUUCUCAGCAUUGUAAGGUCAAGCUGUAG